CCUCGCGCCGAGUUUGGCUUUGCCACGGUGCCGCCGUCGCUGAUUGAGUUACAUGUACAUCAUGGAUGACUCGAACAAUACAUUCCCAAGCUCAAGGCGCGAUAAGCAGUGUGACAUCUGCUCGCGGAGCUUUGCCAGAUCGGAACAUUUAGCGAGGCAUCGAAGAAUUCACACCAAAGAAAAGCCAUUUCCAUGCCCUCACUGUCGCAAAUCUUUCCAGCGCGGUGAUGUCAGGGCUACCCACGUGAAGAAGUGUCAUGCGACCUUUGGCGACCAGGACGCCGAGAAUGAAGUUGCAGGCCGUAAGCGCGUUCGCAUUGCAUGCGACAAUUGUCGCAGGCGGAAGAUGCGCUGUGAUGGCAAUGAGCCUUGUGGCUCUUGUCGCUCGAUACGGUCUUCCUGCCAUUAUGCGGCAGCGCCAGCUUCACCAUCCCCAUCAAGCCACGAUUUGGACACACAGGGCGUCAACAGAACCAUCUCGACUCGAGCAGGGACCGACCCUCACUUUAAUAUCAACGAUGAUAGUGUACCUCUAGCGCCGCUGUCACCCACAACCUCCCUUUCUAAUGCCGAGAAUGGCCCCUUUCUGAAUGCUCGAGCGGGUGCACUUGGAAACACCCAUCAAGACGCAUUCGGCAUGCCUAUCCAAGGAGAUCCAGCAAUACCCUUCGAUGCCGGCGCAAUAGACAAUGCACGCUGUCUGCCCCUUCCCGACACCGACCUCCUCUACCCACUCUCAGAUGCGGCUGGGGGAGUCGAGUUUUGGCAGGUUCCCCCUGCAUACGGCCAGAUCUGGUUUGAUGGUUCCGACUUCACCUUGAGUGAAGAGAUUUUCCAUUCGACAUCACCAAUCUCGAACCAUGUGUUCUCUUUGUCAAUGCAACAUUUGACGGCUACCAUGCAAGAAUAUUUCGAUCGAAAAUCCCGAGCGCCUUCACCUUCGCUGAACAAAGCUAGCAAGAUGUGGUAUUCGGCUCCGCCAAAUAUGGAUGACCAUAACAAGGACAUUGUUAUGGUAUUCCUGAGCAUCUUCCAAAGACACAUACCGGAGACUUUCCCCCUGUUCAAAGAGUCUACCCUCGGUCGUCAAAACCUAGCCGCAUUUACCCUUGCUAUGGCCGCCACGGGUGGGCUCUUUUGUACAGUACCUGGUAGCGCCGAGGUCGCCAAGGCGAUGUAUAAUGACGCCCGAAGACUGCUACUGGCUUCGUUCUACGUCCGCGAUACACUAGACGGAAUCUCUACUAGUCCGCAAGACAAACUUGUAACGCUGAAAACAUUUAUACUUCUAGAACUAUAUGGCCUUUGUAGUGGUGACAAAAGAUGCUAUGAAUUUGUAGAGGCUUUCCAUGGCAGUCUCGUGCAUUCGGCACAGGAAUACAGUCAUGAAUGCGAGGUGGCAGGAUUAAACAGUGCAAAUGAGCGGGAAAAUUCUCGACUGCUGGAAACUCUACAGAUUCUCGACUGCUAUCGAGUUAUCAUCAUGCAACGUCCUCCAUCGCUGUCGUGGCAUCAUAUUGAUUUAUUUGCGAAUUCACUUUCACCAGAAAACCGCAUAUCUUCUUUUCACAAGGUCGCCAGAGACCUUACUGAUGGUGGCCACAUGUUGGAACCCAUUCGCCCCACAGAAUCCUGCCUCUCAGGCCUAGCAGGUUUAUGCUCUUAUCUAUGGCCGGCAACCUAUUCAAAACAGGAUAGAUAUUCUGGGGAUGAGUUUCCAGACCAAAGCACAUCUUUCUGGAAAGCUGAUUUCGUGGAGCUAGCCUGUGAUAAUUGGCUUCGAACAAUAGGUCAGGCCGGCAAUAAUUCUUCUCUUGCGGUUUAUCACAUGAUGAACAUCAUGCUUCACGUAGACCUUGCCAUGCUGCAGCACUUCGCGCAUUCUGCUCCAGGAUCGGCCGGACGAGACCCAAAGAAAAGCCUCGUAGCCAGGGAGAUUAAAUCAUGGAAAGAAGGCAGACACUAUAAGAUCGCACAUUGGCAUGCCGAAGGCAUUAUAGUGGCCGUGGAGAGAGCCUUAAACGCUUCCUCAAACAAAGCAGAGCAACAACUUCCACCGCGAUUGAAAUCCGCCAACACCGAGACACGACGGCUUCCAUACGAAGCACCACAUGUCCCAUACGCUAUUUAUUACGCUACACUUGUGACGUGGUGCGGCGCUAUCACGGAGGAGAAUAAUGCUGCGUCUGCAUCAGCUGCACAAGUUUUUAUUGCGCGAGGAGAGAGGAUUCUGUCCCUACACAGAGUCCAUAUCGCUCAGCUUUUAGCACGCGUACUGUACGAUAUUAAGUAGAAUAAUUGUUAUUGCCAAGCAUGGGGACUAGUCAUGGUUUGGACUGAAC